AUGGAUGACUUGCGUCGACGAGCCGACAAAUACAUGCAGAUGGAAGAAUUAGCUGAGUUCCGUAACCAGGCCCGAGCGGAGGUGUCGGCAAAGCCUGAAAAGCUGGCUGAAAACAAUUUUCGAAGCCGUCCGAAAGAACUGGUACCCCGCAAGAGGCCCCCUCGUGGCCCGAAGUAUUCCCAGUAUACACCACUCAACACCAGCAGGUCGGCAAUACUAGAACAAGCACUCGCUUCGGAAGUACUAGCCGUCCCAAAACGAGCGUCGACCCCUCCCCGGGCCGAUACGACCAAAUCUUGCAGGUAUCACCGCAAUCGCGGACAUUCAACUGACGAAUGUUCGGCCCUGAAAGAUAAGAUUGAAGACUUGAUCAAGCAAGGACAGUUGCAAGGCUUCGUGGACCGACCAAACUCUUCGAAAUACGCCGACCGGUCGCGACGGCAUGAUCAGCCCGAACAAAGAAGGACAGAAGCACGCUCGUACAGAGAACGCAGUCGGUCAAGAGAUCGAAGAGAGGAAGAGCCUUCGGCACAGCCUUGGCGAGUCAUCAACACGAUAGCAGGAGGCUUCGCUGGCGGAGGCUCAUCCUCAUCAGCCCAACACAGACACUUACGAGCUGUUCGGCACGUGCAUGCAGUGGAGACAGUUCGUCGUCGCCUUCCCACCAUCACUUUCACCGAGGACGACUUCAAAGGCAUCGACCCGGACCAGGAUGAUCCGAUGGUAAUCAACGUCGAAAUUCAUAACUGCAUUGUACGAAAUACGUUGGUUGAUCAGGGAAGUUCAGCCGACAUUCUUUGUUGGAACAUGUUCAAACAGUUGGGUAUUCCGGAGUGUGAGCUAGUUCCUUAUGAUGAACCUUUGGUCGGGUUCUCCGGUGAACGAGUCAAGACAAAAGGGUAUAUCAAGUUGUCAACCUGGUUCGGGUUUGAAGGAACUGAGUACCGAGACAUUUCGGUAAAGUAUGUGGUGGUGCACGCCAGCACAUCUUAUAACAUUCUGCUCGGUCGGCCAUCCGUGAAUCGGCUCGGCACAAUCGUAUCCACCCCUCAUUUAGCCAUGAAGUUCCCAGCCGAAUCAGGACGAAUAGUCACUGUCCACGCUGAUCAAAAAACCGCGCGAGAAUGUUAUUUUACCAGCUUGCGAUUGCCAAAAAUGAAGAACGAAACACCGAAUGAAUCGAGAGGGGUGCACUCGGUAUCACAGCAAUCAGCCAUAGACCUCGAUCCCCGGAUUGAUCAAGAUGAGAGGGUCGAAUCCAUCGAAGACAAACAACCAAUCCAGGUAGGAGUAUCCAAAGGCCAAGUCACUUACCUAGGUGCUAAUCUGGCCUCACAAGAACGAUUGAUUAUCAGCCAAGUGAUCCUCGAGAACAACGAUUUGUUUGCUUGGCACCCGUCCGACAUGCCCGGCAUCGAUCCUAAUUUCCUCUGUCAUAAGUUAUCAAUAAGCAAAGAAGCGAGGCCGAUCGCUCAACGGCGUCGGAAAGCCGGAGAAGAAAGGAAGGCAGCAAUCGAGGCCGAGGUCGGCAAGCUGUUAUAUGCUCGAUUCAUCCGAGAGGUGCAUUAUACAACCUGGCUGGCCAAUGUAGUCAUGGUCAAGAAGUCGAAUGGGAAGUGGCGCAUGUGUACUGACUAUACCAACUUAAACAAAGCUUGCCCAAAGGACGCCUACCCCCUACCAAAUAUUGAUCGGCUUGUUGAUGGGGCAUUUGGUCACAAAUUCUUGUCGUUCUUGGAUGCGUACUCCGGAUACAAUCAAAUCCGUAUGCACCUUCAGGAUGAAGAGAAAAUCGCGUUCAUCACCGAAACGGCCAAUUACUGCUACCGGGUGAUGCCCUUCGGAUUGAAAAACGCCGGAGCCACCUAUCAACGACUGAUGAACAAAAUUUUCAGUGACCAUAUUGGCCGAAGUAUGGAGGUGUACGUUGAUGACAUGGUGGUGAAGUCAGGUGACGUAUCGGCACAUGCACAAGACUUGACCGAGGUGUUCCAGGCGCUUCGGCACCACCAAAUGAGGCUCAACCUCGAGAAGUGUGUGUUCGGGGUCUCAGGCGGCAAAUUUUUGGGAUUCAUGCUGUCCAACCGAGGCAUUGAGGCAAAUCCUGACAAGUGUCAAGCUAUUCUGGAUAUGAAAAGUCCAGGCAACCUGAAAGAGGUUCAGAAGUUGGCCGACCAGCUCACUUCACUCUCUCGGUUUCUUCCUUGCCUAGCUGAGAUAGCUAAGCCUAUCCUCCUGUUUUUUAAGAAAGCGGAGCGGGUCAAAUGUGCUACGGAGUGUGAAAUAUCAUUCCAAAAAUUUAAGGAGCGUCUGGGUACACCUCCAAUCCUUUCCAAACCGGUUGCCAAUCUUGACAUGAUCGUGUACUUAGCUGUUUCCGGCACUUCAAUCAGUGUCGUCAUAAUUCAAGAGAAGCAAGACGAACAACAACUGGUAUAUUUCAUCAGUCGGACACUACAGGAUGUCGAACGACGCUACCAGUUGAUAGAAAAAGUAGCCUUAGGGCUCAUCUAUACCGCUCGCCGGCUCAGGCAGUACUUCCAAAGUCACAAAAUAGUUGUCCGAACUGAUUGUCCAAAUGCGAGGGUCCUAAGAAAACCAGAGAUUGUCGGCCGGAUGAUGGCAUGGUCGGUUGAGCUUUUAGAGUUCGACAUAACUUUUGAGCCGAGAGGCCCCAUUAAGUCACAACAUUUAGCCGACUUUGUCAAUGCGCUCACUCCUCUGGGUCGUUUUGAAGACGCGCCAUGGACCAUGCACGUCGAUGGAUCCUCUGAUACCCAAGGCAGUGGCACCGGUAUAAUCCUUGCCAGCCCCUCAGGGAUCACAGUCGAACAAUCCCUUCGGUUCGGCUUCCGUGCAUCCAACAAUCAGGUAGAGUACGAAGCCUUGAUAACCGGAAUGAGACUAGCAACCGAAAUGGGCGUCAAGAAAAUCAUGUGCUGGAUCGACUCGAAGAUCGUGGCCGAGCAGGUCAACGAUAAUUUUCAGGUUAAAGACUCCAAUUUGUUGCAAUAUUAUCACCUUUUCCAAAAACUCAAGGACGAUUUUACCGAGAUACAGAUACGGCACGUCUUGCGUAGCAAUAAUGAACGAGCCGAUCAGCUAGCUCGGCUCGCCAGCAGCCGAAAGCCAGGGCAAUUGCGAACAACCAUUCACCUUGAGAUUCCCUUUCCAAGUGUGACGGUUGAGUGUAUGUCAACUGGUACCGAGGCGCCGACCUGGAUGACCGCCAUUCGGAACCUUAUCGACCGAGGGGAGUUGCCAACCGACCCGAUGGAGGCAAAAAAGAUACGAACACAAGCGGCUCGGGAAAUACACGAAGGUAUCUGUGGCUCCCACUCAGGUGGAAGAACUCUCGCAGCCAAAGUCUUGCAUGUCGGCUACUAUUGGCCAACUUUGAAAGGAGAUUGCGCCGAGUUCGUCAAGAAGUGCGUACAAUGUCAAAAGCAUGGAAACAUCAUACACGCUUCGGCCACAGAGUUGCACAGUAUCAGCUCCCCAUGGCUGUUUGCUUUAUGGGGUAUAGACGUGCUGGGACCAUUCCCUGUAGCAAAGGGGCAAGUUAAAUUCCUUCUCGUUGCGGUGGAUUACUUUACAAAAUGGAUAGAAGUUGAACCGCUGGCCUGCAUCUCCGCUGCUAAUGUUCAGAAGUUUGUUUGGAAAAAUCUGGUUACCCGCUUCGGCAUCUCGUACGCCAUUGUUUCAGACAAUGGUCUCCAAUUCACCGACAAAAAGUUCAACAUUUUCCUCGAAAACCUUGGCAUUCGGCAUUGGUUCACGUCAGUCGAGCAUCCGCAGUCAAACGGGCAAGCCGAAGCAGCCAACAAGGUUAUACUCGCUGAGCUCAAAAAGAGACUCGACUCGGCCAAAGGAGCAUGGGCCGAAGAGUUACCGGAAGUCCUUUGGGCAUACCGCUGCACACCACAAUCAACCACCAAAGAGACGCCUUUUCGCCUAACGUACGGCGCGGACGCGAUGAUCCCGGUUGAGGUGGGAGAACCGUCCUUUAGACGACAGCAUUUCCAUGAAGACUCUAAUGACAACUCACUCCGGGCCGAACUCGAUGUUCUCGAUGAACUACGAGAGAAGACACAGGUAGUGGCGGAAGCAUGCAAAACAACGCAUGACACGUCGCUUUAA